AUGUCCACCACAAUAACAACCACAAACCGCGCGCCGAGCACGGGGAUCGACCUCUCCCCGCUCCCCGGCGCGCCCGACCCGGAAUCCCGCUCCUUCUCCUCCUCAGAGAUCAACGACCCCUACAACCUAGGCACGCACAUCAAGUCGGACGCGGACAUCGGCCUGCUCACCUCCAGGCCCCAGUCCAACUCGGCGCGCAAGCGCAUCCACCACAGCUUCACGCGCGGCGGCGCCAAGGAGGCCAAGCUACAGGACUUUUACCGCUCGCAAAACGACAAGAUCCGCUCCCUGCUCAAGAGCGUCGACGACCACGAGCGCGAGGCCAAGGAGACGCAGGGCGACAACAACCUCAAGUACCAGAUCGCCGUCAAGGGCAGCCUGGCCGCCAACAUCAUCCUUGCCGCGCUGCAGCUGUACGCCGCCACCGCCUCGGGCUCGCUGUCGCUCUUCACUACCAUGGCGGACGCCGUCUUCGACCCGCUGUCCGGCAUCUUGCUUAUGCUGUCGCACCGCGCCGUGAAGAAGGUCGACACGCGCCGCUACCCCUCGGGCAGGGCGCGCAUCUCGACAGCCGGCAACAUUGUCUUCUCCUUUGUCAUGUUUUCCGUCUCGUUGGUGCUGAUCGUCAUGUCCGCGAGAGACCUGGCUGCCGGUUCCGACAAGGAGACCAACGAGUUCCAUUUCCCGUCCGUGAUUGCCGUCGCGAUUGCUUUUGGCACAAAGUUUUGUCUCUGGUUGUACUGCUGGUCGAUCAAGCAUAUUUACUCCCAGGUUGAGAUCCUCUGGCGUGACCACCGGAACGACCUCUUUAUCAACGGCUUUGGUAUCUUUACUUUUUCGGCUGGAAGCAAGAUCAGGUGGUGGAUCGACCCGAUGGGCGCCAUCAUCCUGUCGUGCCUCAUCGCUGGCCUGUGGCUGAGGACGGCCUAUGAGGAGUUUCAGCUGCUGAUUGGCGUCUCUGCCGACCCCGAGUUCUUGCAGCUCAUUACGUACAUCGCCAUGACCCACUCGCCCGACGUCAAGCAAAUCGACACCGUUCGUGCCUACCACAGCGGUCCCCGCUACAUCGUCGAGAUUGACAUUGUCAUGGACCGUCACGAAAGGCUCGAGAUCGCCCACGACGUGGCCGAGGCGCUGCAGAUCAAGAUUGAGAAGCUGCCUGGAGUCGAGAGGGCGUUUGUCCACGUCGACUACGAGACGAGUCACAAGCCUGAGCACGACCUCAAGAAGGACCUGUGA